GCGCGUUCACGCACCAGGUUUGGAGAUGUCGGUGCCGUCUCCGCGCUCCUGGUGGCGGAGGGGAAAGUAUUUUGUCUUCUAAAAGGAAUCGAACUAAAAGCACAAAAUGUUUGGAUGAGCGCCCAUCCGUAAUCGAGCUCGGACAAUCAGCCGACCCUGAUUGGACUCUUUUUUUUUUUUUUCCCCCUCUCGACGAGUUGCUGCCUGCAGCCGCUGUGGGAGCCGGAGUCGCCAUGGAGACAGUGGUGAUCGUGGCCAUUGGGGUGUUGGCCACCAUUUUCCUGGCCUCCUUCAUUGCCCUGGUGGUGGUGUGCAGACACCGCUACUGCCACCCACACGACCUGCUGCACCACUUUGACUCCAAACCCACAGUCGAUCUGAUCGGAGCCAUGGAGACCCAGAGCGAGCCGUCGGAGCUGGAGCUGGACGACGUGGUCAUCACCAACCCUCACAUCGAGGCCAUCUUAGAGAACGAGGACUGGAUAGAAGACGCCUCUGGUUUGGUUUCUCACUGCAUCUCUAUCCUAAAGAUCUGCCACACUUUGACUGAAAAGUUGGUUGCUAUGACAAUGGGCUCGGGGGCAAAGGUCAAAGCCCCAGCCAGCCUGAGUGACAUCAUCACUGUAGCCAAACGCAUCAGCCCGAGGGUGGACGACGUGGUCAGAUCCAUGUACCCGCCUCUGGAUCCAAUUCUGCUCGAUGCCAGGGCCACUGCUCUCCUCCUUUCAGUCAGCCACCUGGUGCUGGUCACCCGCAACGCCUGUCACAUGUCCGGCAGUAUGGACUGGAUCGACCAGUCGCUCCACGCGGCCGAAGAUCACAUGGUGGUUUUGCGUGAGGCGGCGCUGGCCUCUGAACCGGACCGAAGCAUACCUGGAGCCGACGUACAGAGAGAGCAAGCCAUUUAGGGCAGACACAGACUCAGACACAAACAAACAGCAGCAGCAGGGUGUGAAAAUGUGUCAUAUUAUCAUUGAGCUGCUUCUUUUCAAAGUUCUGUAUUCAAUUGAUACGUUCUGCAAGUCACGCACGCUUCCCAAACUCAUCAUCCAGUCACUUCCGAGCUGUAAAUGGAUGUGUUGAUGGAUGCGGGGACUCAAUUUCUCAUUUUCACAUCGCACAUCGAGAAAAGGCCACGUAAUUUAAUCUUGUCUGAUUACAAAAAGUCUGUGCAUUCACUAGCUGUAUAGUAAUAACUGCAAAGUAGAUGUCACACACUCAGAUCCAGGUGGCUUUACCCAUACAGAUUUUUUUUUUUUUUUUUUUAGAGUUGGUCUGUUUAAGGUGUAAGCUGCCUGCGAGCGAAAAGGUCUUUGGAAAUUUCUUCCCGAGUGCACCAUCACCCAGCGGUGGGCCUAAAUCCAAUCUCACCGGCACUGCACAGUCACAUGGAGGCUUAGUCAGCUAAUCCAUUCUGAGGAAAAUAACACCCAGUUAGCCAGCGAGUCCAAAGGGGCUCCAAUUCAGUGGACCAAUGGAAGACUAACCUGACUUAUUUACAAUUUGUGGGGGGUCAGCAUGACUUGGGGUUGUUUAAAAGCCUCCUUCGGUUACUCUUACACUGUUAGAAAUCACCUGUGUGUGAGGUUUUUAGUGCAGCUCAAGAGAGCAACAGCUGUAGUUUUAGCGCAUCAGCAGUAAAGUUAACAUCCAGUUGAGUACUGCCUUUUUUUUUCUCAUUUAUGCAUUAUGUUAUGAUUGACUGAGGCUGUUAUCAAUGGUAUCUCUUCCUCUUAAAAGCUUGUUUUUUCCCCCUGUGAGACUUGUUGAGUCAAGAAAAAGACGCUUGUGCUUUAAUUCUGACACCAAAAGGUUUAGAAAAAAAGAAAAUUUUGCUAAGAAAUUCAACUGUAGCUGCUGUUUCUAUCUACAUGAUGCCAGGAAUAUGAAAAAUACACAAAUAUCAAAGUAGACCAAGACAUUUUAAGUACAUCACCAUUAGCUGUUAAGAAUAUUCGUGUUACACAGUUGAUUUCCUGUCAGAGAGUCACUAUCUGAGAGUACAUUAUGUCUUUGUAUAUUGGCGUGUCAGGAGGAUGUUUUGAACAGUGUGUUGGUUGAGGUGAAGCAGAAUUAGCGUGUUGUUUUGGGCCAGAGGGAUGUUAUUGGAGCAUGUCUACCUGCUCCCCCAUGCAUAGCUAAUAGUAAACCUCCAAGGAGUCCUAAUAAGGCAUUAACCACAGUCAGAGUGAACACAUGGGCUCCAGCUACAUUGACCAUGGCACACAAGGCUGGCAGACAAAUAAACACAUCAUAACAUCAUAUGACACACGACUGUAAAAUACACAGCAUAGAUUUUGCCGUCAAACACGCUUGUUUUAAGAUUUUGGCAAAGCAGCAGUUUUUCUUUUUCUGUCAAAGUUUAAAGAUGUUUCGAUGGAAAUAUAUCGAUCGAGGAGGAAACAUUUAGAAAGUGGUUAGCCUUUUAUUUUUUUUUUUUCUUGUUUACAUUGUUUAUUAGAAUUGAUCUUUUUUUUUGUAAGCACUCUUAUGUUCUCAUCCCUUAUCCCACAGUUUGUUACUGACGUUCUUCCUUUUUUUCCCACACACCUUUUCUUUAUAUCUUUCACUGAUUUGUACAGAGAAAAUGUUUCAUAGGAAAAUGUGCUUUGUGUUUUUUUUUUGUUUUUUUUUUUUUGCUCUGAACAAUAGCUACGGAGAAAUCCAUGUCCGAUUAAAAAGUCCACACACUCAUACUAAUUUGACAUAAAUAAAAGUGAAUUUUUCUUCUUUUUA